UUGUCGAGAAUGGGAGCGGAUAUGGGCCCAGACCAUCAUCUUGUUCAAGGAACCUUCAAGGUGAAGCUGAAAUCCUUCAGAACAACUGGAGACAGACCACAAUUCAAGUUCAACAUUCAAUAACUGAAGGACAAAACUAAUAGGGAUGCUUUCAAUACCGACACACUACGUGGUAUCACUGAGGAAACCUGCGUGGAAUAACAUUGGGACUCUCUGAAGGCAAUAUUCAAGGAAACGUGUACAAAUAUUCUAGGAAGAAAGAAGAGACACGACAAGAAAUGGCUGUAAACGGACACCAACCUAGAAGCUCAUAGAAGUGAGGAGAGCAGGAUGGUGAAAGAGAUGACUCAAUGCAAAAAUGGACAACAGAAGUAGAAGCUGAGUUCAGUGUACACUGCAUUGAAUAAAGAAAUACGUGACGAAGAGUGCUAGGAAAGACAAAAGACAAUAAGACAUAUUGGCAACUGAAGCAGAACAAGCCGCAGACGAAAGAAAUCUCAGGACAUUAUAUAUAACCAGAUCUCUAUCCGUAAAGACACCAAUCAUUAAAGGAUGCUCAAGGAAACAGGAUUAUGAAGAAGAAGAAACAAAUCAGACAUUCGGCUGAAAACUUUAAAGGACUCUUAAAUCGACCAUCACCUGCAACUCGACAAGAAAUACCACCAACAGCACGCACAGAACUGCUAGUGGACACCAAUCCUCCAACGGAAGAAAAAAUCCUAAAUGCGACCAAGCUGAUGAAUACCGGUCGGGAGAGCAGUGGGGCUAGAUGGGAUUCCCCCGCCCCGAAGCAGUGGAAGCUGACCCGAAGACAGCGGCAGAUGUGCUCGAAUCAUUAUUACACAAGGUUUGGAAGGAAAGAAAGGUGCCUAUCGAUUGAAAAUAAGCUACCACAUCAAGCUGCCAAAGAAAGGCGACCUAAGCCUGUGCAAGAACUGGUGUGGAAUCAGGCUCUUGUCCACGCCAAGUUAAAUACUAAGUCGCAUCAUCCUGUAGAAAAUAAGGGAUGUACCAAAUACAGGACUCCGCUAGCUCGGAACAAGCUGCAUUAAGGAGAGGCAAAUGAUGU